AUGAUCGAACUUGAGCGUCUCUACUUGGAUGACGCCGGCCCGGCGGGCUUCAAGUUCGCCAUUACACCUUGCACCCAAUAUAUUGAUCCUACCGGCCCUCGCUUUGACCAGACAUUGGGACGGCAGUCUGCGGCCCAAUGGAUACGUGCUGCUUUCCAUGAUAUGGUGACAGCGGACGUUGCGGCGGGAACAGGUGGCAUCGAUGCAUCUAUCGGAUUCGAGACACAUCGUCCGGAAAACUUCGGGGUUGCCUUCAACGACUCUCUGUUCUGGUUCAGCUUCUUCACUAACGACAAGUUAUCAAUGGCGGAUCUUAUUGCGCUAGGAGCUGCAAUGUCUGUCGGCGCUUGCGGAGGUCCUCAGAUCCCCCUUCGUGGCGGCCGCAUAGAUGCCACAGGGCCAGGCGCCUCUGGAGUGCCGGAGCCCGAGUCCGAUGUCAAGACAACCCUGACUCAUUUCUCAGGCGCGGGAUUUAAUCAGAAAGAUGCAAUAGCACUGACCGCUUGUGGCCAUACCAUGGGAGGGGUGCAUCAUGAUGAAUUCCCUCAGAUUGUCCCCGAGUCAGCAGUCGGUGUCAACAACACUGUAGGCCGGAGCGGGUGGGAUGACACUGUCGCGAACUUUGAUAACAGUGUUGUCCAGCAGUAUAUUCAUGGGACCGGGAAUAAAGGGGGCCCUCUAGUCACCACUACCAACAAGACCGUGCAAUCAGAUCUGCGUCUCUAUUCCUCGGACGGGAACGCUACAGUGCAGAAGCUGGCACAAUCUACAGACCAGUUUCGAUCAACCUGCGCGACUCUCUUCACCCGAAUGAUUGACACGGUUCCCAAAGGAGUCAAACUGACGCCUCCAAUCGACCCAGGCAGUGUGAAAUAUUCCAAUCUCUCCCUGAAUGUUGACUGGAGCGGCAAGAUGACUCUUUCGGGUUUCUUGAGAUAUAUCGAGACCGGAGGAUAUGCUUCCGCACCUAGCAGCUUGACCAUUACCGUCGUUGAUCGGAUGCGACGUCUCUCACGGACCAGCGUCGAAGCAACCACUGACAACACAGACCGCAGCAACGGCAUCUAUGGACCUACCUUCCACUAUCCAUUCACUAUCUCAUUUGAGGGAAGCAGCGGCCUGUCCGGCAUCGAAGUUGGCGACCAACGGUUCCCAUUGCAAGAUUCACUCUUCGUAGUUCCGGCCCUGUCGUCCGUCAGUCUUGGUAGGGCUGCGUUCCAACUUUUCGGUCCAGCGCAAGAGCUCACUUUCAACAUAACCGCCGCUCUACGAAGUUCCAAUCCUCCUCGCGCUUUGAAAGGAACCAUCGCACUUCCGGUGCCGCAGCCUGGGAGCAUAAGCCCGAAAAUGGAUUUCUCAACCACGGUGCAGCUCGACUUGAUCGGCGCGGCUGGCCCUUUUGCUCUAUAUUCGGUCGUGCAUCGGCAGACUAUGACACCGAAACAGCUUGUCGGGACCAGCAUCGAUGUUGUAGACGAGCGAGGCGGUGGGACGGCGAUGUUCUUCAAACUUUCUUCUCUUUUGCGAUAA